AUGGGAGAAGAAAACCAAAGCUUUGUGGCUGAGUUUAUCCUCCUGGGCCUUUCACAAGACCUGCACACCCAGAUCCUGCUAUUUAUUCUUUUCCUCCUCAUUUAUCUGCUGACUGUGCUUGGAAAUCUGCUCAUCAUCAUUCUCAUCUUCAUGGAUUCUAGACUUCACACUCCCAUGUACUUUUUUCUUAGAAACCUCUCUUUUGCAGAUCUCUGUUUCUCUACUAGCAUUGUUCCUCAAGUGUUGGUUCACUUUUUGGUAAAGAGGAAAAAUAUUUCUUUUUUUGCAUGUAUGACACAGGUAAUUGUCUCCCUUCUGGUUGGGUGUACAGAGUGUGCUCUGCUGGCAGUGAUGUCCUAUGACCGGUAUGUGGCUGUCUGCAAGCCCCUGCACUACUCCACCAUCAUGACCCAGCAGGUGUGUCUCAAGUUGGCCAUAGGGUCCUGGGCUAGUGGGACACUAGUGUCUCUGGUAGAUACCACCUUUGCUUUCCAUCUUCCCUAUCGGGGACAGAACAUAAUCAAUCACUACUUUUGUGAACUCCCUGCCCUUCUGAAGCUGGCUUCAGCAGACACUUACAGCACAGAGAUGGCCAUCUUUGCAAUGGGUGUGGUAAUCCUCCUGGCUCCUGUCUCCCUCAUCCUUGCCUCUUACUGGCAUAUCAUCUCCACUGUCUGCACUAUGCGGUCUGGGGAAGGGAGGCUCAAGGCUUUUUCCACCUGUGGCUCCCAUCUUGUUGUUGUUGUCCUCUUCUAUGGGUCAGCAAUAUUCAACUACAUGCGGCCAAACUCCAAGACCACAAAGGUGCAGGAUAAGAUGAUAUCUGUCUUCUAUAUCAUGGUAACUCCAAUGCUGAACCCCAUAAUUUAUAGCCUGAGGAACAAGGAUGUUAAAGGGGCUGUCAGGAAAUUAGCUGGAAGAAAGUUCCUCUGUCAGUGCAGGUGGGAUUACCUGAACAAGAGGAGGAAUCGAUGCAUCCACCGCUCAAUUCCACCAGAACAGAUGCCACAUGCGCGCCACUUCUUCCCCCGUCCAAUGACCACGUGGAACGCCCAUGCGCUGUCUGAACCACUGACACCUCUCAAAUCGCUAUGGGAGGCAACGCCGCAGAAAGAGGAUGGCCCAGAACUUCCCUCGACUAAUAAUACCAAAAAGCAAAUAGAUAAGAUGGACGCAAAUGUCCCGGGGGUCGGGGGAAGGGGAGAAAGUAACGAAGGUUUUGGCCAGUUUUCCUGGAUGAGAUCUGGGAAUCCCCGGAACCUUGAAGCUUUUUUCCCCAACCCACCGGAAGUGUGA